UAAAAAGUACCACCGGUAGCCGCUAAUUGACAAGAAUGACAUACGAAAUGUCAUUUAACGUAUAUCUCUAACGUCACCCCCCGCUAUCUUACGGACGAUAGACAUAAGAAAAACGAUAACGUUACGCAUGCGCAGAAGUUGUAAAUUUGUCUAUCUUUUUCCCUCCGAAACUGGUUCAUUUCAUUUGACAUUUGAUUAUGACAUUGACAAACUGACAAACCCAUAACAUAACCUUAUUUUUUAAUAAAAACAAGAUAGAAACUAUGAAAGCUUUAAGAUAAAAACCAAUAAAAACCAUGGCUAACAGUGUAUUAGCAAACUUUAAAAGAAACAGAGUGCGAUUUACCGAAGAAGAUGAUCAAAUGCUCCUUACAGAAAUUAUUGAAAACAACCCCUAUGUUGAUCCUUCAAAAUAGAAUGUAAUACACAAUAAUUUUUGUCAAGCUACCAACAGGAAUAUAAGUUUAAGAGGAGUGAGAGAACAUGUGCAGUAUAUUAUAAAGAAUUUUGAAAAGAAAGACAGGGAAAAUAGAGCUCGAUCUGGAAUUGAAGAACCACACAACGCAUUAGAUCAACUGUUGCAGGCCGUUUUGGAACUGAUUAAUAGUAUUGUAAAAAAAAAGAAACAUUAAAAAAUGAGAGCAGGUCAUCAGAGACAGCAAAAAUGUUGAGAGCGAGCUUAGCCAAAAAAGUUUUUCAAUCUGACCCCGAGCUGGUGGUCUCAGAAUCAUCUUUAAUAAAUCCUGAGAUAAAUCCAUUGUUUGAGUUUGAUGGGGACAAUUCCAAUAUCGAAUAUAUAUAUGAAGGUACCAAUGCCGAUAUUGCAAUUAUUCAAGAUGAGCCAACAAAUAAAGAAACCUUGAAAGAAACUGCAAAAGAGGCUCAAUCAAACAUAGAAGGCCCUACCAGAAUCAGAAAAAAUAGACAAGCCCAAAAAAAUUUAAAAAAAACAACAUUACAAUAUUUGGAGGAGAAAAAAAACGAUAAACUAAAAGUGAGAAUGAGAGAACUAGAAAACGAGGAAAAAAGACAGAAAAUUGAAUCUCAGAAACUGGAACUGGAACGAGAACGGCUGGCUUUCGAAAAAGAAAAGUUUCUUAUGGAAAAAGAGGAAAGACAAUCUUUAAUGGGUCUAUUAAAAACUCAGCAAGUAUUUAUUAAUAACAUGCUGCAAAAACAAUUUCUUAACGUUUUGUAGCAAGUAUAUUUCUCCUUUUCAGUUACCUACAUUACCUUGCAUUUUUAUAGUACUCAGUAGGUACUAAAAGUAUUCGUUGAUCUUGUCUUUGCCUCUUUUUACUCCACUACCAUUUAUCAAAGUGACAAAAAUUAUUGGUGUAUUAUAAUAUCCAUUGGUAGGUAUUAAUAUAGGGUUUGUUUUCUUGUUUGUUUUCCAUGUGACAAAUUGUGUUUUUGUUUAAUGUUUAAAAUAUAUGAAAAGUUUUGUUCUGAAAGUUUAUUUAGGUUUAGUUUAGAAUUAACCAUGUUUGCUAGACUGUCUGUUUUGUUUGAUUUACAAUUUUUUAGACGUUUACUACAUCGAUAAAUAAAAAUAAACAUUACCUGAGUGUCUUAAAUUUUU